AUGGCAUCAUCAGUCCCGGGGCCCAUCGAAUUGCCCGCAUCCCGCUAUGAUCUCUCCACGUACUGGGGCAGAAUCCGCCAUUGUGCAGGAAUCUCCGAUCCUACCAUGUUGCUCACCAGUGAGAAGGACCUGGCGCACGCCAAAGAAAUCAUCAGUGCGUACCGCCAUGGGGAGUUGAAGGAGACCACGCCGGAGUUCUGGCGGGCUAAGAAGCAGCUGGACUCCACCGUGCAUCCGGACACAGGCGAGACGGUUCUUCUGCCCUUCCGCAUGUCCUCCAACGUGCUGUCCAACCUGGUGGUCACCGUCGGGAUGUUGACCCCUGGUUUGGGUACCGCAGGUACCGUGUUCUGGCAAUGGGCGAACCAGUCGUUGAACGUUGCCGUUAAUUCUGCGAACGCCAACAAGUCCCAUCCAAUGUCGACGUCCCAGUUGCUCACCAACUAUGCCGCCGCAGUGACAGCGUCGUGUGGUGUGGCACUCGGGUUGAACAACCUGGUGCCCAAGUUGAAAAACAUCUCCCCACAUUCGAGAUUGAUCAUGGGCCGUCUGGUGCCCUUUGCCGCCGUCGUGAGUGCCGGUAUUGUCAACGUCUUUUUGAUGAGAGGCAAUGAGAUCAGAAAGGGUAUCUCUGUGUUCGACGCAAACGGCGAUGAGGUCGGAAAAUCGAAGAAGGCUGCCUUCAUGGCUGUCGGGGAGACCGCCCUGAGUAGGGUCAUCAACGCCACUCCAACAAUGGUCAUUCCACCUUUGUUGUUGGUUAGACUGCAACGCGGUGUUUUGAAAGGUAAGUCCCUUGGGGUGCAAACUUUGGCUAACCUGGCGUUGAUCUCAGUCACCAUGUUUUCCGCCCUGCCUUUUGCUUUGGGUAUUUUCCCCCAAAGACAAUCGAUCCAUUUGAGCAAACUGGAGCCCGAAUUACAUGACAAGAAGGACAAGGACGGGAAGACAAUCGAAAAAGUCUACUUCAAUAGAGGUAUUUAG